ACAAACAAAUACGCACUGUUAAUAACACAAACAAAGAAAAAAAAUAUUGUGUAAUUGUUUUACAUUAAGCUAAGAUACUGCAACUGCUGUGACGGACACAGAGAGGAAGCUACAAAGAAAGAGAGAGAGAGAGAGAGGGCAGGACGCACAAAGAAAGGAAGAGGAAGAGAAGACAGUCAAAAUGACGGAAUACAAACUAGUUGUUGUUGGUGCCGGUGGCGUUGGCAAAUCGGCAUUAACAAUUCAGUUAAUUCAAAAUCAUUUUGUUGAUGAAUAUGAUCCCACAAUUGAGGACUCGUAUCGAAAGCAAGUGGUUAUUGAUGGUGAAACCUGCCUUCUGGACAUUUUGGAUACCGCCGGACAAGAAGAAUACUCUGCCAUGCGUGAUCAAUAUAUGCGCACUGGCGAGGGAUUCCUCUUAGUUUUCGCUGUGAAUAGUGCAAAAUCAUUCGAAGACAUUGGCACAUAUCGCGAACAGAUCAAACGUGUCAAAGAUGCCGAAGAGGUGCCAAUGGUGCUUGUGGGCAAUAAAUGUGAUCUGCCCUCGUGGAAUGUGCAAAACGAACAGGCAAGAGAGGUGGCCAAACAAUAUGGCAUUCCAUACAUUGAGACAUCCGCCAAGACGCGCAUGGGCGUUGAUGAUGCAUUUUACACAUUGGUGCGCGAAAUACGCAAGGAUAAGGACAACAAAGGACGGAAGGGACGUAAACUCAAUAAGCCGAAUCGUAGAUUUAAAUGCAAAAUGCUCUAAGAUGGACUAAUGCAACUUUUUUAAUUGGGUUUCUUAUAUAUACACAUAUAUAUUACGAUUAUUAUUAUGAUUUUUUUCUCUUUUAAAUUCAAUUUUUUCAAUAAUCGACAAAAACUACUUUUCGGAACGAAAAAUCCAAUCAAAUUAAUGGCAUGUUGUCCGUUUGUUGCAAAAGAGAAAAAAAGGAAAGUGUAAUAAUUUGUAAGCAUCUAAAGUUUUUAAUUUUUAUGUCAAAAUGUUCAUUACUAUUUACUAUUAUUUUAAUUUGUGCAAAAUUUGUUUAUUGUGCGUGACAUUUGAGUAAAGAAGAAGGCUGCAUCGCGCCCCUAUUUAAGAGUAUUAACAAAACAAACGAGACGAAAAAACGAAAAUUCAUUUUUAUAUAUGUAUCUUUCUACAUGCAUACUAAGAAUACAACAUUUUGUAACUGCCUUGGUUCAGCUGCUAUUUAA